CUUUUCAUUAUUAUAAUUAUUCAGUGUUAAAACAGCGUUGCUUUAUAAUUGCCGUUGAAAAAGCUUGUCAAAUCAGGUACAAUGCUUCUGUUAACAUUGGCCAUAAUACUAAUUUACAUAGGAAGGACUAAUAGUUUCACGUUGGGUGUGAUUGGAAAGCAAUAUUUGGAUAUAUUAGAGGGCAGUGGUAAUGUAACGUUAAGCUGCCCAGUACAAGGCGCCAUUUUACCGAUCACCUAUAAAUGGACAUUUAAUGGACAAUCGAUUACGCAGUUGACAGAACCACCACCUUCACAUUUCAUAAUAGAGGCUGAUUUUCUCAUGAUAAAAAAUGCAUUAAGGAGUAUGCAUGGCGAGUUUGCUGGAACGGUCACUGAUGCCUCUACUGCUUCUGCUGUCUGCACUUUCAAUGUCCAGAUACUUUAUGGACCAACAUUCACAGCGUUACCCCAGCAAUCAGUAGUGGCUCAGGCUGGGCAGAAUAUAACGUUAACCUGUCCUGUUGAUGGCUACCCACCACCAGUUAUAUACUGGAUUAAGAACAGUAUACAGAUGGGAUAUACUCGUGAUGUCAUCAUGAACAGUGGCCUUCUUAAUUUCCAGUAUAUCUCGGUCUAUGAUAUAGGACGAUACCAGUGCAAUGCAACAAAUUCCUAUGGUUCAGUCGUCAGUGAAGUCGUCUCGGUUGAAGUUCAAAUCCCAUUAUCAAUUGCUGGAGUGCCUGACAAUCCUACAAGCCUAACAAAAGGAAGCAAUCAGAGGCUAGUUUGUAAUUUCACUGGAUAUCCAACACCAGUUGUCACAUGGUAUAAGGACAAUAGACUUCUGCGUAGUGGUGUUAGCUAUUCGAUUGAGAAUGGUAACUCUAAGCAGAACGCUUGGUCUGUGUUGAUAUUCAAAGGGGUAAAGAUGAUAGAUGCUGGGGAGUAUCGUUGUAUGGCAGUACAAGACCAAGUCAAUCCAUUAUCGUACACAUUCCAGGCUACGAUAGCAAUAUCACCUGAAAUUGUGUCCGUACACGUUCGUGAAAAGUCCAUCAAAGUAGGACUGCCAGUGAUUCUGAACUGUAAAGCCAGUGGAACACCAGCACCUACGUAUACCUGGCAUCAUGAUCAAAAGGAAAUAACGUAUGGCACCCACUAUCAUAGAGGAGUAAAUGAUGGCGACCUUGCUAUUCAACGAACUCUACCAGACGACCAAGGGACAUACUCAUGUACCGCGUCAAAUGUUGCAGGCACUGCAAGAAGCGCCACCACCUUACUAAUAGUUGAAGGGAUAAGGUUCAGUGUAAAGCCACCGGAGGAUGUCACUAUUCUAGUUGGAGGCUCAAGAGAUAUACCUUGUAUGGUAGAGGGGAACACAAACGUGUUUAAGAUUGGCUGGUACAAGGGGUCGCAUAGGAUUUUAGAGUGUGACGAAAAAUAUAUUUUACGCACCAUAAUUAAAAUUCACAGUGUUCAAAGACCCUGCACAGUAUCUACAGAAAAUGAGAUACUGCAUCUGCGUAAUCUACAAUUAUCUCACAGUGGUAUCUACACUUGUCGAGUGUCUGAGGUUGGUGUACCAAUCAUGUUAGAGGCUACUACAAUUAUCAAUGUCGUAGAGCCAAUAGUGUUUAUCAAAGAACCUCCAAGUGUACUUGAAGAAGACAAUCAUGGGACAGUGACCUUAGAGUGUCAGGUCAAAGGUAAUCCACCACCGGAAAUCAAGUGGUUCAGAGAUGGGACUGAUAUGACUGGCAGUCCAAGACAUAAGAUUGAGGGCGGUAAACUAACUCUGACGCAUCUGCAUGCCUCCGACAGUGCAACGUAUUCAUGCUUUGCAUCUAAUAUGCAGAGUCAGGGUACCAGAGAAUGUCGUGUUCAUGUGCGAACAACACCAGGGAUAUUAAAUGUGACGAUUAUCCCCGGACAUAUGUCGGCUAAGAUUUUUUGGCAAGUGCAGGAUAACGGUGGCUACCCAAUUGGCAGUGUGAGUCUUGAGUAUCGCAAAGUGGAUGAAGGAGGCUGGAGAAUAAUGAGGGAUGUCUCAAAAGCUACACAGCACACGUAUAAGAUUAAUCAUUUGGAACCAAUCUCUAAAUAUGAACUGAACAUCUGGGCAAGUAACAAACUUGGUAACGGUGUCAUUAGUACGCACAGCUUCAUCACAUUGCGGGAACAACAAGAUGCCAGUAAUCAUAAUAAGAAUAGUGCGAAGGGCUUCAUCGUUCUUGGAACCAUUUUAUGUGUAUUUUUUUGUCUUGUCGUCAUUGGAUUCUUCUACUUUUACCAGAGAAAGGGAAAGUCAAGUUUCAUGCCAGGUAUUGCAGCAUUGCGUGAAGAUACUCACAUUCUAGUAAAGCAUCAGCACAGUCUACAGGAAGCCCACCAGCAUGCAAACCCAGCGUUCGAUCCUAACACCAUAACCACGGAAACAGUGGAGCUUCGAGAUGUACAACCUAAUCAAUCCAAGACCCACGCCAACCUGAAGGAGAACAAGAAGUUAAAGAAGAGUUCCUUACAGAAGGAGAAGAAACAUUCAAAAAAGAAGGUGGAAGUUGUUGGGAUAGAUAACAUCAUGGUGGAGUUGCACGAGAAGGAGACGUCUGAACCAGGAUGCUCAUAUUCACAAAGAAGGACAGUCCAUUUCGAAGAACCAGAAAUCCAUGAAAAUAACUGCAACAAUACAAGUGAAUGUAACUCUGAUGCAAGUAAUGAAGAUUCAUCAUAAGGCAAAAAAAAUGAUGUGUUGCCCAAGUAUGGUGACCUCUGGAAGUCAGGGUCAGUCGGUCAGUGUCACCUACACAAUUUGGUUUGUAAAAUGGUAAUCACAGGGCUAAAGUUCAUGGUUAAGGUGUCAAAUUUAUUAGGGAGCUUUCGAUUGAGAACAUAGUACGAGAACUUAGAACGUAUUCACUCAUCCCUGACUGUAGUCGCGCAGGCUCUACAUUUGACUUUGUAUCAAUUUUGAUGUUUUAUGACGCAUACGUAAAGAUGUCACAAACGCUGAUGCACCAAUUUAUAAUAACGUUCAGACAUGCACAGUUAAAUUAAAAUUACAUUCUAUCAUUCUAUAUCGUAGCAAACCGAAAGCUCUCUGUUAUUUAAAGCUAGAAUGUUGGCCUUUUAAAAACAUUGAAGUAUUUUAGGCUCAUUGUUUAAAUGUAUGUGAAGAGUAUUAAUUUCAACUUUAAUUGUAUAUUUUACUUACAGUAUGACUUCGGUAUCCAUUAAUGUAAAAAUAUAUUGAUCACCUACUGCAUAAUAUUUCAAUUCAAUGACACCUAAAUGAGAAAAUGAAAAAAGUCAUCCAUUUGUUUUGAUCUACUCGCAUGUUUGAAUUCAGCAUGAUAGUGUUUACUAUAAUUGUAUAAAUAGUGUUAUCAUGAUUUAACUUGAAUACAGACAAAAUAUAUAAUUCUAUAGUAAUGAAAUUAUAUACUAUCAGAUAUUUUUGAAAUAUGGCCCUAGUAAAUAUGUACUGUACCUCUAAUAGACUGGAUAAUAAACAAACUACACUAAUAAACAAAUAAACUAACAAACAAUUAAAAAUAAUGAAAGGUUUGGUGAUGGUAUACUUGAUGUGGUACUUGUGGUUGCCAGGCAUGUGUUACAUGUUGGGCCAUGUGGGCCUUGUAUUCUAUUUUUGAAUAAAGUGUGUGCUACAUACGAAAAUAAAAGACUGGAUACAGUAAACGUUGCAAUUCAUUCAGGCUACUGCUGGACAAUGGCCUCAUCCUGAAACUCUUCCGUCUGUCCUGAACAAUGCUCAUUAUGUAUAGUCUUACUGACCGCCUCAUGAAGUUGGUCCUUCCAACGUUUUCUUCGCCUCCUCUUUUUUAUCUUGUAAUUACUGUAUAUGCUAUUUACUGCUGUGCUAUUUAAGAAAAAAAUAUUUACCUGGAAAAAAAAAACCCUGACUGACCGAUUCUGAUUUCCACGUCACCAUUCUUUGGCAAGAGAAUUAUAUUUUUGCCCACUCAUAAAGAGACUUGGUUACCAAAGCUUCAACCAGCCAUGCUAGAUGGAUUAUCUUUGUUUAAAAUGGUGAAAAAUACACACAAUGAAUGACAAUGGUACUUUUUUGGCACUAAUUGAAAAAACAUUGAUGGUCAAAAAUUAUAUUUGAUGUUUUUAAUUAAUGUUGUAAAUAUGUUGCUAUUAAAAUAUUUGUUGAGUGUGUGUGCUGGACGUACACAUUCAGUAGUGUAAAGAAUGGAUUAUGCAAAGUUUAAAUGAUUGUGAACUGUUGGUACAGUACUUUUUCCAAAUGUAGAUAAGUUGUGUUUUUGGACUAAUGUAAAUAUUUGUCUCUAUCGUGAAAUAUGGAAAUACCAUACUAAACUGUUAAGUCAUAGCUCCAAUUCUCUGGCAUUCUUCCUGGAUACAUUCAUUCCCCCAUUCCUUGCUAUUUCAAUUUUCCUAAACUUUUCAGUUCUACAUCUUCAUGCUCUAUCCAGACUAUCAAAUUUUCCUUGACAAAAAACUGUUGUAUGCCCAUACAGUCAUGAUGUGGUGUCAUUAUGACCAUGUCACAUUUUUUUAAAAUGAAAAUUGAUAGUGUGGAAAGAGAUUCAGACUUACCUAACUUGAAUGUUAAAACAUUGAAAACAGGCUUGUAGGAAUCAUCUAGCAUUCUUUCUUGGUAUCUCCAUUCCCCCUACCAAAUUCUGUAUUGCCUAUCUCUCCUAUUUUUCAACAUAUUAUUACAGUAUUCAAUUGGUUUUUACCUAUCUUUUUUUCCUCUCUUUUCUUCUCUUCAAAGACACAUGCAAAUUGCAAAGAGACUAUUAUACACUCUACAGAUGCUCAGCAAUAUCGAAAGACAGUGAAUGAAAAAUUUAGUACAACAUAAUAAAAUUACUAUAAUUAUUGAUAACAAUACUAAUAGUUAUUUUUUAUUUUAUUUAAAUUUUAACCAUAAAAGGUUUCUCAUGAUAAACAAUAUUGCACAAGAUAAAUUAAGUCCUUAUGGGAAUUGAUAUCACAGCACACCAAUAAUUUUUCCUUAUCUAUUUGGAUUAAGUGUAUCGUUUCGAUCGAAGUCAUUUUGACAGAUGCCAGAGACUCACUGCGCCCGAUGUCAUCAGCCGACACGAUUCUAUGCAGAACGUGCACACGCAACGCAGCUGACAUCUAGCGCCCACAAGGAGUCGUGUUGGAGUCGUCGUACGACCAUUGCACGAUGCAACAAGUGUUCGGCUUUCUGUGAAUUUAAAACUGAUUACUGUAAUCUGUAUUCAUCUUAUAAAAAUGUUAGUAGCUUGCCAAUGAAGUAAAUAUUUGCCUUCCAUUUUGAAAAAUAAAUGAAUGAGAUUAUG